CCUCGCUUCUUGUGAACAAAGGGUGUCGCAAUGGCCGCCGUCCUGAGGGCAACCGCGCUGCUGCGCAACGCCGCGCCUUGCGUCGCCGCCAAGCGGGCGCAGGCGGCUACCUUUGCUGCCCGGCCUGUGCGCCGCGCCCAGCUGCACUCCACCGUCGUGCGCGCCAGCUACGCGUCGGAGCAGAAGGGCCCCGCCGACAGCCUGGAGUUCCGCAUCUUCUUCAAGCAGCAGAAGGACGGCGCCGUGGUGUCCCCCUGGCACGACAUCCCGCUCUACGCGGGCGACGGCCUGGUCAACUUUAUCUGCGAGAUCCCCAAGGAGUCCGCUGCCAAGAUGGAGGUCGCCACUGACGAGACCAACACCCCCAUCAAGCAGGACAUCAAGAAGGGCAAGCUGCGGUUCUACCCCUACAACAUCAACUGGAACUACGGCCUGCUGCCCCAGACCUGGGAGGACCCGGCGCACAAGAACGACGAGUGCGACGCAGCGGGCGACAACGACCCUGUGGAUGUUGUGGAGAUUGGCAGCACCACCUGCGAGAUGGGCGGCGUGUACCCCGUCAAGCCCCUGGGCGUGUACGCCAUGAUUGACGACGGCGAGCUGGACUGGAAAGUGAUUGCCAUCCGCGCCGACGACCCGCUGGCCGCCAAGCUGAACGACGUGGAGGAUGUGGAGCGCGAGCUGCCAGGCGAGCUGGAGAAGGUGCUGGUGUGGUUCCGCGACUACAAGAUGCCCGACGGCAAGCCCGCCAACAAGUUUGGCUACGAUAACAAGUGCAUGAACAAGGAGUUCGCGAUGGAGGUGAUUGAGGAGACGCACAGCUUCUACAACCGCCUGCGGAGCGGCGCCCGCGCCAACACCAAGGAGCUUUCCCUGGUCUGACAUGGGCCCUUGGCAGCUGAGCUGAGCCGGGCGAGACCUGGGCCAGCCUCCCUCUGCACCGCCUUGCGCUGCGCGCGGCAUGCCCCCCCUCGUGCCGCCGCAUCUUUCGUUCAUCGGCGCCCCCUUCGGACCUUGUGAUGGAUGAGCGAACGAGUUGGAGGCUCCUGGUGCUUUCCACGUUUAUUUCCGUCACUCCUUCACUUGCUGCAGCCAAUUCUGUCCGUUUUUGCUGUCCUCUCUGCCUCUUUUGUUGCACCUGCGUGAUUAUCGCAGCCACGGUAACCACCUUUCUGAGC